AGGCCCAUUAAGCCUAAUGUUAUAAAUGUAGACCAAAGUUGGUGAAGUAGUUGAUCGAGAAACAAACAUGACUCAAAUCGGUCGUUCCCUCGUUCUCGAGUUUAUUCACAGAUCGAUGCGAUGUUUCUCCUGCUGUUUCAGAAUCAGAGAUGAUCAUCGUUAUCGGAUCAAUAGCGAUUCUCAUCCGAUCACUGCGAUCGCAAAGGAACCUGUUGAUCCUCUGGCUAGCGGUUGCGUGUGGUCUGUAGUAGCUUCUGCAGAGGAAGAUAGGGAUAUCUCACAACACGAGGAUGGGAGAUAUUGUGUUGCAGGAUCUCCAGUUUUGGAUGAUGAGCUUAGGGCUGAGAUGGAUUUUAAAUCUACACUUCAGGAUCAGAACAACUUAAUUAUACCUUUACAGGCAAAAUUUCUCAAAGCUAGCGGCACUUUACCACAAACUCCAGUUGAUAUUCGGAAAACUGAGAAAUUGAAAGAUUCACAACCUCAUAAUGAAGAUCCAGAACCAACAUUUCAUUCAACACAUUCAUCAACCAGUUUGAAAAACACAGGUGGCAUCUCUAGCAGCUCUUCGGAAGUCUGUGGGAUUGAACCCGAUUCAUGUUCAUUUUCAUCAAAAAGCUCGUCACAUAAAAUUACCAACGUACCCUUGAAUCCAUCCGAGUCAUUGUUCAACCACAUCAUUUCAAAACCAUCACCUAACACAACCCCUUUCAAAUUAACCGAUGAUAUGCAAACACUUGGCACUGUUUUCCCUCCCUAUGGGAAUAAUCCAAGGGUCAAAUUUCAAUAUGUGUACUCACCAAUGAACACUAAAAAAUUUUCCCAGUUGGAUGAACCAGUCCAAGAAAGCCCCCAAUCACAAGUGAAAUUACAAGCAAGUACAAAGUCAAACUAUGAGGGCUGCGUUGACCAAAGUUUGGUUCCAGCUUCCUAUGGUCAAACUCCUGGGGACAGGCCUAUACUGGGGGUGGUUACUGCUUACUGGAAUGCUGAUGAAACUCCCUUUACACCUAAAUGGGGGGAUGGUAAUGGGAUCCCUAAUACAACUAAUAAGUAUAGAGAGGAUCAGAAAGUUAGCUGGCAUGCGACACCUUUUGAGGAAAGAUUAGAAAAGGCGUUGAUGGAGGAUAAGUUCAUUCAUAAGAGUUUUCACAUUCUUUGUUGACAGGAAGCGACGCGGAGAGAUACCGGUUACCGAAUUUUGAUGUGUUAUAGAGGAACAUGAAGCUGCUGGAUUUGAGAUCCAACUGUGAGGUAACAAACUUUGCUGCCUACAUUGAUCUUAAAGCUCAAAGAAAUAAGAAUGUUUUGAGAAUUUUAAUGAGUCUUGAAUAGCAUGGUUACAUAUAUGUUCACGUAGUCACAUACUUUCACUGUUUCACACAUUGAAUGACCUUUUUACAACUAUUUUUGUGGGCUGAAUAUGAUCAGUUUUAAAGGAGAACAUGAAAUGGAAACUUACUUAGAUA